AGCGAUGAGGGGAAGAUUGGUACUAAUGGACUGCGAAGAUAAGGAAGAAUUGAAAGACCUGGUAGAAUCAGCAUCAGAAUGGUUGAGACAAUGGUUCGAAAAGGUGUGUCCCUGGUCACCAGAUUUGGUCACAGAUGAAAGAUUCGUUUGGAUCAAAUGUCAAGGAGUACCUUUAAAUGUUUGGGCUCCCGAAUUCUUUGCUUCAAUGGGGUGCUCAUGGGGCAAGUUCAUUUGUCUAGAUGAUAGCACAAGUAAAAGAAAAAGGUUUGACAUAGCCAGGUUCUUAAUUUCGACCCUGAUUAUGAAUACCAUUUUAAUGAUGAGACAAAUCAAAAUUGACGAGUCCAUGUACAAGAUCAAGUUCUCGGAAGAGGAAUUUGCCAAUAGUUUCUUCUCUUUGAAACAAGACUUCAUUCCCCACUUCCAUAGUGAUUUAGAAGAACAAGAAUCAUGGUCGAUGGAUAGUGAGAAGGAGGAUUAUGCUAGUGAAGAUGCAAUAGAGGAAGAACAGGGGAAUGGCAUUUCAACCGAGAACAAGAUUGAUGAUGAUGACGUGGCAUGUAGCAAAGGGGAGUUGUACGGAAUGUUCCAAAGAAACGAUCUGCAAGAGGAGGAGACACAAAAUUUUUCCAUGGGAGUGUGAAAGGCAAAUGGAGAAGAAAUGAAAUCAACAACAUUCAAGUUAUGGGAGAACAACGUAGAGGUGUGAAUGAGAUCAAGGAAGGAGUAAUGAAUUAUUUCAAGGGGU